AAGUGGAUUUAACAUCUGCGACGAGAUGAGAGCUAUCAUCGGCUCCCCAUUUCACACAAACUGUAACUCCGCUUCAGUUUCUGUCUUUAUAGAUCUAUCUAACUGGUGAUUUAGUCUCGCAGGAGGACAGAAGAGGCCAGGUCCGAGCCGCAGCGGGGAUGGAUUGAUCCACGAAGGAGCCAGGGAUGGACUGAGGAGCUAGCAUUAGCCGGCUAGCCAUGGAGGGAGAUCUGCUGUGAAGAAGACACCAGUCACUCCAGAUCCUUGAUCACUAGAAAUCCUCAUCAGUAUGAUCUGGAUGCCAUCAAAGUGAAGUUUUGAUUCGACUGGCCCCACAAAUCUGAAGAUCUCCAGUGAUGGGAGGUUCGGUGUCCUGCUGCAUCUCCCCGGGGGAGAGUCCCAAGAUCCACAGGAGGGAGGUGGAGCUGGAGGAGUGUCCCAUCACCACCACCGAGGACGUCAGCGAAGAUACAGGGACCUACCUGCAGCACAUCAGCGACAGGGAACUCCCAGACGAGCUGGCCCAUGAGACCAACCCGUCGGACCACCCUCGAGCCAGUACUCUCUUCCUCAACAAGUCGCAGACGGACGUACGGGAGAAGAGGAAAAGCAACUACUUGAAUCAUAUGUCUCCGGGACUCCUCUCUAAAAAGUACAGCUCCUGCUCAACGAUAUACAUCGACGACAGCACAGUCAGCCAGCCCAACCUCAAGAGCACCAUCAAAUGUGUUGCAUUGGCCAUUUAUUACCACAUCAAAAACAGAGAUUCCAACCGCUCGCUCGACAUCUUCGACGAGAAGCAGCACCCUCUGUCGCGGGAGAAAGUCCCGGACGACUACUCCGUGGUCGACCCCGAACACAAACUCAUCUACAGCUUCAUCCGGACGCUCUUCAGAUCGGCGCAGCUCACGGCCGAGUGCGCCAUCGUCACCCUGGUUUACCUGGAGAGGCUGCUGACGUACGCGGAGAUGGACAUCUGUCCCUGCAACUGGAAGCGGAUCGUCCUGGGAGCCAUCCUGCUGGCGUCCAAAGUCUGGGACGACCAGGCCGUGUGGAACGUGGACUACUGCCAGAUCCUGAAAGACAUCACCGUGGAGGACAUGAACGAGAUGGAGCGCCACUUCCUGGAGCUCCUCCAGUUCAACAUCAACGUCCCCGCCAGCGUCUACGCCAAGUAUUACUUCGACCUGCGCUCGCUGGCCGACGACAACAACCUCAGCUUCCCCCUGGAGCCGCUCAGCAACAAGCGCGCCCAGAAACUGGAGGCCAUCUCCAGGCUGUGCGAGGACAAGUACAAGGACCUGAACAAGUCGGCGUUGAGGAGGUCGGUGAGCGCCGACAACCUGGUCGGGGUGAAGAACUCGCAGGCCGUGCUGUCGUGAGUCCGACGGGGGGAAAAAAAACCAACCGCCGAAUCCCGCGACCUCCCAUCAUGAAAACACUAGACGUCCGUCUCUCAGAGGACGGGAAGACACACCCGCCAUAGAGCAUCAUGGAAACACGCCCCACAUGCGGUCUCUAUGUCUUCAUUACAUGGAACUUCAGCUAUUUGCCUUUUAAGCAUGGUAAUACGAGAAAAAAAAAAAAUGUCGCAGGCUGUCGUGUUUUUCUUUUGAACGGUGGACGUCUACGACCGGGGGGGAA